AUGAAUCCUUCCAAGCAACAAACCGCCCUAAAAAUCACCCCAGAAGGACGCAUUGCCGCAGUCCCAUCCUCAUUCCCAUCCCUCCAAAAUGACGAACUGCUCGUCCGCGUCAUAAGCAUCGCGUUGAACCCCUUCGACGCCAAAUCUGCCGAAUUGUCACCCACCGUCGGCGCGACUCUGGGCUGCGAUUUCGCAGGCGAUGUUGUCGCAGCAGGCUCCGACACCAACAAACUCAACUUCAGAAUCGGCGACCGAGUUUGCGGCUGCGUCUUCGGCAAUAAUCCAAAUCGAUUGGAUAAUGGCGCAUUUGCAGAGUACGUUGCUGUCUCGGCGGAUCUACUGUUUAGGGUUCCUGAGAAUAUGAGCUACAAUGAAGCUGCGACGUUGGGCGUAGGGCUGGUGACUGUAGGGAUGUCGCUAUAUCACUGUUUAAAAUUACCCAUGGAGGCUGAGCCGGCUGGCAAGUCGCCGUAUGUUCUGGUGUACGGGGGCUCAACAGCGACUGGGACGCUUGCGAUCCAGAUACUUACACGCUCUGGCUACACUCCGAUAACAACCUGUUCCCCCCAUAACUUUAACCUGGUCAAAUCCCUCGGCGCAAUCGCAGCCUUCGACUACCGCUCCCCAACCUGCGGGCGUCAAAUCAGAGAUUACUCUUCCGGCACCCUCUGCUACGCUCUCGACUGCAUAACAGAUACACGGUCGAUGUCCGUCUGCUAUGAGGCCAUCGGGCCCUCCGGCGGUCGGUACCUAAGUCUCGAUCCGUUCCCCAUCCGGGGGCAUACGCGGCGAAGUGUGAAGCCGAACUGGGUGCUUAGUCUGACGAUGUACAACCAGCCGAUUCCGUGGAAGAGGCCGUUUAAGAGGGAUGCCUGCCCGCAAGACCGGGAGUUUGCGAAGAGGUGGUUCCAGAUCGCUCAGAAGAUUAUUGAUGCGGGUGGGAUUAGGCCGCAUAUGUCCGAAGUGAGGGUUGGCGGAUGGAAUGCUGUACCGGAGGGUUUGGCUCUGCUGCAGAGAGGAGAGGUUUCGGGAAAGAAACUUGUGUAUGAGGUGGCGAGACAUUAG